UUUGCAUUCUGCUGUCAGUGUGCACCACUGAUAAAAAUAAAAAAAAAGUACGUGAGAAUAUUUUUAAAGGGGAAUCAGGAAAUUACUUAUCAAUCUGAAGCACCAGACAGUUAUGUAUAGUCUUUGGUGCCAAAGUUAGGGGGUUUUCAGUACAACAUCUGCAUUCACUAUAAUUCAGAGACUCCAGCUGCUGGAAGCUCUUGCAAGGCAUGUACUGGAGACGGGAAAUGAAGUGAACUCUAGCCCACCCAAACGUUACACUUGUUCUGGCUUCGAAGAUAUGCAGAAAGAGUGGACUCCUGAAGUUUGUUUCCUUGAUGGAACAGAAAUUAUUUGGCACAGAUGACUGACAUCAUUUCCUAAUCUAAAUUAUUAACAAAUAUGUGUUCUUUGGAAGAGGGAUACCAGAUAUGAAAAGCAAAGUGCAUCUUCUAACUCACGGAUUUAGUUCCAAUUUUAGUACUCUAGUAAAACAGCUGUGAUCAAACACUCUAGUCGUCCUGUGUUCCUUCCAAAAUUACAAGAACCAAUCACUUAAACUAAAGAGCCAAGGAUGUUUGCAUUGCUUUACAUUACAAGUUUUGCCAUCUAUACAAGCGGACAAUCUCUUCACAACCAGCUCAAAGGAGAAAAUUACUACACGAGAUAUAUUUGUAGCAUUCCUGGCUUGCCGGGCCCUGCAGGUCUCCCUGGAGCUAUUGGAUCACCAGGGCCCCAUGGGCGUAUUGGUCUUCCAGGAAGAGAUGGUAGAGAUGGCAGGAAAGGAGAAAGGGGUGAAAAAGGGAAUGCAGGUUUAAGAGGCAAGACUGGACCUUUAGGAACAACUGGAGAUAAAGGAGACCCAGGACAGUCUGGUAAAAAAGGACCUACAGGAUUGGUUGGUGCCAAAGGCGAAGUGGGUCCCGCUGGACCACCUGGGCCUAAGGGAGAUAAAGGAGAACGAGGAGAACGAGGUGUACCAGGGAUCUGUAAGUGUGGAAGGAUAGUGCUGAAAUCUGCCUUUUCUGUUGGCAUCACCACGAGCUACCCAGAAGAAAGAUUACCAAUCAUAUUCAAUAAAGUCCUUUUCAAUGAGGGUGAGCAUUACAGUCCUUCCACGGGGAAAUUUAUAUGUGCUUUUCCAGGGAUUUAUUACUUCUCUUAUGAGAUCACCUUAGCAAAUAAGCAUCUUGCAAUUGGGCUGGUUCAUAAUGGGAAAUACCGAAUAAAGACAUUUGACGCUAACACAGGAAACCAUGACGUAGCUUCUGGAUCCACGGUGAUCUAUCUUCAGGCAGAAGAUGAAGUGUGGCUUGAGAUCUUCUACACUGACCAAAAUGGUCUCUUUGCAGAUCCCACUUGGUCAGACAGUUUGUUUUCUGGAUUUCUCUUAUAUGUUGAUACAGAUUAUCUCGAUGCCUUAUCUGAUGACGAUGAACUGUGAUAUGGGAGAUGUCAAAACUUCUCCAAACAAACUAGACAAUCUGACACAGGAUUUGAUUUGGAGUGUAUAGGAGACAAAACAAUAAUGAUAUGAACUGCAAUUUUAUUUUUGUUUUGAUGGGACCACAAAUCGAAUGUGGAAGAAGGUUUCCAGCCUCUAUGCAGGACAUUUUACCAAAGAGCAGGGAUAAUAAAAUUAAUAAUAUACUAAUGAAUGACUGUCACUCCAGACCUGCAUCCUCUUAAAGAUUAUGUUUAUAAUAAUAUUUAAACAAAUUUAAGAUAAUGUACAUCAAAUUUUAUAUAAAAAUAUAUUGAGUUGUGAAGUGACUGAUAGAGUGAUAUUGACUUAUUAAACCUCUGGAUACUUUGUAUUUGUUAUUAAAGGAAAAUUGA